GGAAGAACAAAAGAACCGUUAGAGCUCAAAAUGAUGCCUCGUAACGGCUACUUUUUCAUCACUUCAAAACCCUAACGCUCAUAAUUCAAGAGCCCAUUAACAAAUCUCUAUUCGCUCUCACUUCAUUUUAUUUCAAUUGGAAAAUUCCUAAGGUCUGGAUUCACGAACGACAUCACAAAGCAUUUUGUAGUUGUUCAAUUCUUAUUUCGAUCAAUCGUCAUGGAUCUGGGUCGCGUUUCUGUGGAAGACAAGCCCUGCAAUGAAUCUUCUCUUGGCUCGGAGAACAAGGAAAACAAUGUGAGCGACGCAGUGACGGCGACUUUAAAGUUUGGAAAGAGUAAUAAAGUGUUGAAAGAGACUGGUCAAUCAACAGCAAAUGCUCUUAACAAAUUUACAUCACAAAUUAAGAAGCCCCCUCAUCGGAAAACUUCUCCUAUCAAUUGGUUCCCACGGAAAAAGGUGGACUCCUAUUUAAACAGGAAAAUAAAACUGCUGCAGCAGGAAGUAGGUGGCAUGAAUUCAACUCUAGAUGAGACUCUAGGCGAUUCAAAUCCUCAUUACUCAAGAGUUUUGAGAGAAAAAAUUGCAGCUAAAGAGGCAGCACAAAAGGCAAUGGAGGCUUGGAAGGCCGCAAUGGUGGAAGCAUCUUGGUGUCGGAUACUUAAUGCAGCUAGGAUCCAAAGCAAAGAAGCAGAAGCCCUGCUGUCUAAAGCUGAAAAGAGUGUUGCUGAAGCCUUUGAAGCAGCAACAGCUAAGGGUGUUGUCAUGUAUGAUAUGCCAAAUUGCUCCCAAAAAUCUUGUGAAAUAGAAACAUCCUCUUGUAAUGGAGGAGGAUCUACUACUCACACUGUUGCAGCAUCCUUUGAAACUGCAUUUGAGGUAGAUAAGGAAGUAGCUGCCGCAGUUAAAACUGCAUUUGUAAGGCUCGCACAUUGCCCUUCAUUUAGCAAAGAUGAAUUCAAAGAUGUUCUAUGGAAAAUCAGCCAGAAUCCAGAUACAGGUGAAAAGAAUGAGUUGUCUGGUUUUUCUUCAGAGAAUGAAUCAGAUACUGGGUCAGAGCUUGAAGUGGAAUUGCAGAAAGAUGGUCUCAGUUCUCAGGAAUCAAAAGGUCAGAAGUCAUUGAAUGGAGAGAUGACACAAAGGAGGUACAAGAGGCAGGUUUCUGAAAAGUUUAAUGCAUCAAAGCUUGUUGACAUUAUGCUUGAAAGGAUUAGAUGUUUGAAGGAAGAUGAGCUUGCUUCUCUUGCCACAAUAGUUGCAACAUGUGGAUUAAAUGCUGCCUUGGCUGAAGCAGAGAAUAAUAAGCUGCAUGAUCCAGAUCCUGCCACUGAUUAUGCUGCUGGCCUGACUCUCAAUUUUGCCAGAAGAAUGUCUUCCUUCGGAACAGCAACAACAAAAACCUCAAGCAUGCAUUAUUUCAUGGAUGGGCAGAUGAAAAAGAAGAGAGCUGAGUCACAACUCCCAAGUCUAGGUGAGUGUUUGGUCAAGCACAUGUCAAAGCUAGAAAGGGAGGUCCUAGAGGCAAAAAACACUAGAAAGAAUGAGUCUAAAGUGAGAUCUGGGGAAAUCCCAGAUAAAUUUGAUGAUGGAAAGGGUGACUCAGAUAACAAUGUAACUCUGUUUGAGACUAUUCCAGACUUGGGAAGUAUUCUUGUAAAGCAUUCUUCAAAGUUCGAGAAGGAGAUUGAAGAGGGAAAAAAGAAUUCUGGAGAACUGUUUGAAAUGAAUUGCAAGAAUUUAGACAGUGAUACAGCUUCAUCUGAGGCUGUCCCUGACUUGGGAAGUGUGCUAAUCAAGCAUUCUUCAAAGCUUGAGAAGGAGAUGGAAGAAGCAAAAAGGAAAUGUGACAUAACAUUUGAAAAUAAUGAUAAGAAAUUUGGUAGAAUGCCAAGUAGGGUGGUCAGUCACAGGAAACAAAAAGUUCAAGAAGUUCCUAGCCUAGAUAAGUUUCUGGUGAAACAUGUCUCUAGACUUGAAAGAGAGGUCCAAGAAGCAAAGAGCAGAAGUAAAAACUGCCCAAUUGAAGGAGGGAAUGAGGUUACACUGAAGAAGAAAGUCAAUUCAUUUAGUUCAAUCACACAUUCUGGAGAAAAUGUUUGUGGGAAAGAAAAUAUUGACUUAAACAAGGAAGUAGAUGGAAAGUUCAAUACAGAGAAAGAGGAAAGCACAAUAAAUUUCCUGCCACAGGAUACAAAGGACUGUUCAGGUGAGCUUUGCAAGCAGAUUGAGCAAGAAAAUAUCAAGAGCAAGAAAAUGAAAGCAAUGUCCAGCGUUGCAGAUUUCGAGAGUUUGGACAAAGUUCUAGUAAAGCAUAUAUCAAGACUCGAGAAAGAGAAAAUGAGGCUUAGUUCAAAGGAAGAAGUGCUGAAGGUGAAGGGAAAUGACAUGAACCAGAAGUCAGAGAAUGCUGGUGGUUUGGACCAAAUUCUGGUCAAACAUGUAUCAAAACUUGAAAGGGAAAAGAUGGCUGCUGCUCAGCAACCCAAAGACCAGGUUAAAUAUUCUGUAGCUCGUAGAGAAGCAAGGGAGAAAGAGUUGCAAGAAGCAUGGGGAGGCUUGAGCUUAGGGAAUUCCAUACGACCACAUCUCUCAAAACUUGAACAAGAUAAGGCUGCUUGGAUUAAAGCUGAAGAGGAGGAAAGGAGGCAAGCUGUGAAAGAGUUAUAAGUUCUUUUGGAAAAAUCUCUUUUAUCUCAAUUUUCCAGUCAGUAAAUAACUUGUAAAGAUAAUAUUGUUGAUCAAUUCAUUAGAGACAUACUUAGCUCUGUACUGGAGCUGUUAUUGUUCAAUUCAUUAGAGACCAACUUUUGCAAUACAUAAAAUUCCCAUUCUGGCUUCUCAUAGAAAAUUCAAUCCCCUUUUUGCAUAUCAUUUCUCUGAUUUAUUCAUUGUCCCACUGCCUUCUCAUCGCAAACACAUCCGGUAUGUCAACUUUUAUUCUGUUCAGUUUUCUAAUAUUUGAACCAUACUGACUUAACAACUAACAUUUUUGUUUAUCCUCUUCAUGGAUGUUGGUUCUUCUUUCCAUUUAGGCUGCUUGGAGCGAGGGGGAAGGGGAAGCCCAAGCUGUGAAGUAGUUCUAGUUCCUUCUCUUUAAGCUGAUUGAUUAAGCUAUAAAAGAGCUUUAUUUUUAAUGUUUAGUACUGAAAUAGCUGACCAAUUCAUUGAAGACAAACUUCCUGAUGCAUAAGCUUUUCUUUCAAAAAUUGUCUUGCAUGUGUUCCUUGUUAUGUUGAUUCUUCUUUCUAUUUAGGCUGCUUGGGAUUUUAAAGCUGAAGGGGAGAGGGGGGGGAGGCAAGCUUAAGCUUGUUAGGGACAAACACCUUCUGUUUAGACGAAUCAGAUCAAGCUGUAAAGAAGUUUUUCCUUCAGUCAAAUAUUUGGCAAACAUAUUAAGUAAAUUCCUUCAGUCUAAUUUAAAAUUCUGUACUGAAGUAGUAGAUCAGCAAUAUAACUUGCUAUUCCAUGUUCCUACUCACUCUGCCUCCACAGACCUCAUAUUGCAUUUCAUUUCUUUGAUUUUCUUUUCAUGGUCUAAAAUUUAAUUUUUCAUGAAGCUUGAAGCUUUUUUGCAUAUAUUGUCUUUAUUCUAAUUAGUAUGCUUCUUAGUUUUUACGAUGUUUGAAAACUACUGAGCAACUGGCCUUUUCUUUUUUUCUCUUUAUGAGUACAAGGUAAUUCCUUUUGUUUUAGAUUGCUUAAGGAGGAAAGGCAGCAAACCUGUGAAGGAAUUUUAGUUCCCUAUGUUUAUGCUGCUUUUGAAUUAAAGCUAAAGGAGGAUGCAAGAAUCAUGACAACCAAACAGAGGUUGGGUUUAUUUAUCCCCUCUCUCUAAAUAUCUCCUCAAACUUUGUUAUAUUCAUAUAAUAUCUUGACUUUAAUUUGCAUCAGAAUUUUUGCUUUUUUAUUUUUUAUUUUUUUCCUUUUCCUGUAGGAAGCUUAGCUGAGUCUUUGAAUUCAUUUCUUUUUUCCUUUUUGGGCAGGAAGCCAUCUUGUACCCCAACAAAGCAAAGCAAUGAUCAUCCAGGUAGUAACAUCACAAGCUUUUAUAUUUUUACCACUAUUUCCGUCAAAUAUUUUCAUCACUAAGUCUUUAUAUUUGGGUAUGCUACAAAUUUAAUUACAGCCAAUAUUUGUUUCAAUUUUCACAAAUUUCUUAUGGUGUAGAUGGUAUUUUCUUGUUCUAUAUGCAACUAGAUUGGAAAUGAGUUAUGGUUAGUGCUUCUUGAAAAGGCUGCAAAUCGGAAUUUGUUGCUUGGACCCCCUUGAGCAGAAGAGAUUGGUUAUGCAGUUUUUAUGCAUUUUAAAUAUUAUAUAUGAAGUCCCAUAUCAACCCCUGCCCAUUCGGUUGGUAUCUUAUCUACUGUCAUGCAAACCAACUCAAAGAUCUUUUUCUUCCCUCUCAAAAACUCCAUAUAAAAUGCAUAAAAACCCCUGCCCAUUGGUUGGUAGCACUGUUUCUAUAUUACUUCUGGUAUAUUAUAAAUGGAAAAUGGAUAUUUGGAUUUGUUAAUGGAGGCAUUGCCUGGUCUCUUUUAUAAAUUUGUUAUUUUCUCUGCAUUGCAUUGAAAUGGUGUCAGUCCA